UAAAUAUUGAAGUUUUGUCUUGUGUGAUAUCAAUAACUCUGCAGGCGCGAUGAAGGCAUCGCGGAUUAUUUAUAUUUUUCUACACUUGGCUGUUUAUACUUCAGUAGUUUAUGGCAACUGUGCUGAUGAUGUUGCCUAUCUAUCCAACAUGCCCCUUCGUCAACCUAGCAGGCAUUGGGGAGAAGAUGGAAAUCUUGGUAUCAGCGAUGAUAAUCUGAACUUUGAUUGGUACAGUGUUGUAUAUAAUGGAUGGCAAUUUACUCUGGUUGACUCAACAGAAAAACCAAAUUAUACUGACUGUUCGGCAUACUAUCCAGUUUACUUGCGAGAUACACACCCAUCGAUUGAUACAUUAACUGAGACACCUGUAGACGUUGUGGCCUGCAAACGUGAUUAUUUGUUUCCAUGUGAUAUACAACAUCAAGUGAAGAUAAGGAAAUGUGGAGAUGAAAUACAGUACUACCUGCCCCCGACAAAGUCAUACAGUGCAUUCUGCUUCAAAAAUCAUUCCAAAAUUUUCAGUCCACCUGAUAUAUCAGAUGUUGUACUUGGAGACAUAGGAAUAACACCUGAGCUCAAAUUCACAGAAACUCUUAUUCCUAGUCCAUUAGGAAACUCCAUAAACUAUGAUCCAUACUUUCAGUUCCGAUGCUUGUUCAACGUUCAGCAGGACUUCUUUUAUAAAGUUCAAUGGUACGUGAAUGGGGCACAUUUAGUUUCAUACGGCCCGACAACAAAAAUAAAUGACUUACUUUUUCACCAGAGCGUGCUGGUCGACAACAAAAUAUCAAUGGGGUUUAAUAUUUAUUGCGGCAUAAGUGCUCUGACCUCAGAUGCUCCAAAUGCUAGUGUUACUGACAUGGUGUUUAGUGAAAACUAUUACGCAGGCAUUAAAGUUAUAAACACAACAAUCUACAUUGAUAAAGGCGAUACUGCAGAAAUUCAGUUACAAUCAACAAUGCCAAUAGGCUGUAGAUAUAAUGAUCCGCCCGGUGAUGAUUGUAUUGAAAAUUUCCAAAUAUUUAAUCAUGAAAAUGAAGGAUUUCAAUGUAAAGCUGGUGUUACUAGUUUGGCACUUAAGCCAAACCAACGAUGUUCUAAUGGGUUACAGACACAGAAAAAAGGAUCAACUUGGGAUCCCGAUACAGUGUUUAGUUUCUCCGUUGUAACAACCGACAUGAACUAUAAUGAUAAACGACUUUUUAACUUAAUGCUACAAUUUCCUGAUAUAAUGGGUCAUGAGAUAUGGAGAAAUUACAAUUUCCCCGUCAUUAAGGUUAUCGUAUCUGACAAUGGAGAAUACAAAAGCAAGAUUUGUUAUUCUCACAUAGAUCCACAUAUGAGAUCAGCUGACGGCGUUUACUAUGAGCAACAACGAAAGAACGGCCAGCUCUACCCGGGAACAUUCUUGAUGUAUAGGAACACAAAGUAUGGAAUCGAGGUACAAGAACAAACUAGAAGCUGUAACGGAGGAUAUGCGACGUGUGCAUGUGGUGUUGCGAUACGAGCAGGUAAAGAUGUAUUCAUGAUUAAUAGGUGUGGCAGCGUAAACUAUCUAGGCUUUACAAAAUGCGGAGACGGGGGAAUUUUACAAGUCAUAAGGAUUAAUCAUUACACAUACGAUGUGUUCACACCCAUUGGAACUAAAAUAACAAUAAGACUUUUUCAAAAUGAAUACGGCGGAGGAUACCGAGGAACAAUGAACAUAGACAUUACAAUGGCUCCCAAAGAUUUGUAUAAUAUUGAGGGAUUGUGUGGACAGUUUGAUAAUAAUCCUGCAAACGAUUUUCGACAUAGAGAUGGAACUGUCUCGGCAAUAAAUAAUGCAAAUCGUAAUAGUCACUUUGCUGAAUUUACUGAAAGCUGGAGGAAAAGAGGAUAUAUACUAAUGAUUUUAACUUCAGACGAAACAAAACAACUCAACUUAUUUCUAACAGGAAAAAGGACCUUAGACAGUUGGGGUGAUAUAAAUGGAUUGUUUUGUGUCUGUGAAAGUAACAAAUCAGUAGCAGAAGCAACGUGCUAUCCGACCCAGUAUUUGAAUUGUACACUGAGCAGAUCAAUUACUGGUACAAAAUGUAACGUACAAAGCAGAAGGAGGAGAAGCGCAGAUGGCAAUUAUAGAGAUGACAAAGAAUUAGACAGAUUACUUCUAUUAAUGACACCACUAGAUACGCCGGGAAUAGAAACUAGGUUCAAGCGUCAAGACAUCCAAAAUAUACAUAUUACUGAAGCAGCUGCUGAGGAGUUGUGUGAAGAUAAAAUUGCGGGUAGUUUAGCUGUGCAAGAAUAUUCCGAGGUCGGCGGUAAUGAAGAUCCGAACGAAGUUAUUAAACAAUGUACAUUUGAUGUAGUGGCCGGAAAUGACACGUCAUGGGCAGCAGCACAUGUAGAAUCUAUAAAUAAUAUUGUCAAGAACAUUAUAGAACUUGAGCCUGUAUAUGUUGCAAAUAACUCUGAAAAGGUUGUAAUAUUUUAUAAAAAUACAUGUCCAGGAAACUGUAGCAACAACGGUGACUGCACAGAAACAAGUGAAUGCGAAUGUUUUGGGUUUUUCCAUGGACCAGAAUGUGACAUAGAUGAAAGAGAUCCUUUGAUAAUUGACGACAUAGAAGGUGGCGGAGAAUGUGAUCUAGCUGAAGGGGACGAAUGUUUAUGUUUCCAUGUCAGAUCGUCAAAUAUUCUUGAGGGUUUUAAAUGUCAGGCCAAUAUUUCUAAGAUAACAGUUAGUGGCGAAAGGGAGACAAUUUCGACACAGUCCUUUUCUGGUGAAUAUGAGGAUAUAUUUACCGGAGUGUGUUGCAUACAAGACAUCGUAAUAGAUACUGAAGGUUUAUUUGUUACAAAGAAAGAAUUUUCGAUCAGCAACAAUGGCAUUACGUAUGGAAAUGUAAAAAGUGUUCAUGUGUUUGACUCUACUUGCCAAGAAGCCACAUUUACUUCUUUUGAAAAUGCCUCGUUUAGCCUAAAGCCUGAAUACUGUUUUAUCGAUGGCGGUUGUGUAGCUGAAAAUGUUAUGUCUCCAGCAGGUUGUUUAGCUUGUCAGUCUUUGGUUAAUGAAUAUAAUUGGACGGUCUAUAACCCGUGUCAGAAUAAAGGGAAUUGCACCCGAGAAAAUAAUGGCUAUAAAUGCGUUUGUGCCCACGGAUAUGGCGGAAAAAAUUGUGAAUAUGAUAUAAAUGAGUGUGAAUCAGACCCCUGUGAAAAUGAUGGGACUUGCUCGGAUCAACUUAAUGGCUUCACCUGUUCCUGUGUUGCUGGUUUCACUGGUACUAAUUGUGAAAUAAAUAUUAACGAAUGUUCAUCUCACCCAUGUCAAAACAAUGGAAUAUGUAAAGACGGAAUAAACAUGUAUUCAUGCAUGUGCCCACCCGGCUUUGGGGGGACUCACUGUGAAACAGAAAUCGACGAAUGUUCGACCAAUCCCUGUAAGAACGGAGGUACCUGUUUCGAUCGUGUCAAUGGAUACACCUGUGAAUGUGUGGAUGGAACGUAUGGGGUCAAUUGUUCUGCUGGUAUAUAUUUGAUCAAUUUAAUUAGUUUAGAUAUUAAGCACGAAUCAUCUCUUAAUAUAAAUGACUGUGAAAAUAACCCUUGCGUAAAUGGUGGAAGUUGUGCAGAUUUAGUAAAUAGUUACAAAUGUACCUGUGUGACUGGGUAUGAAGGGUCUAACUGUACAACAGAUAUCAAUGAGUGCUCUUCUAACCCUUGCAAGAAUGAUGGUGCAUGUGUUGAUCUUGUUAAUGGGUACAAAUGUACAUGUGUUGCUGGAUACGAUGGCAAUGACUGCGAUAACAACAUUAAUGAGUGUUCUUCGGACCCUUGCAAAAACAGUGGUACCUGUAAGGACCUUGUCAAUGGAUAUGAAUGUACAUGUGUUGCCGGAUAUAACGGAACAAAUUGUGAUAACAACAUAGAUGAAUGUUAUCUGGACCCUUGUAAGAACGGUGGUACCUGUAAGGAUCUUGUUAAUGAUUACGAAUGUACAUGUCCGGCUGGCUAUGACGGAUUUAAUUGUGAUAACAAUAUCUAUGAGUGCUUAUCCAACCCUUGCCAGAAUGGUGGAACAUGUCAUGAUCUUAUCAAUGGAUAUGAAUGUACAUGUGUUUCUGGAUAUGGUGGAAUAAAUUGUAACAACGGCACAGAUGUCAAUGAAUGUUCUUCAAGCCCAUGUGAAAAUGGUGGAAGCUGUAAGGAUCUUGUCAAUGGAUAUGAAUGUACUUGUGUUGCUGGAUUUGACGGUGUUAAAUGUGAAAAUGAUAUCAAUGAAUGCUUAUCAGACCCUUGCAAAAAUGGUGGCACCUGUAAGGAUCUUGUAAAUGGAUAUCAAUGUACAUGUGUUGUGGGCUAUGAUGGAACGAACUGCGACAAUGAUAUAAAUGAUUGUUCUUCCGGCCCUUGCAAGAAUGGCGGUAUCUGUAAGGAUCUUGUUAAUGAAUAUGAAUGUACAUGUGUUACUGGAUAUGACGGAAAGAACUGUGAUAACAAUAUCAAUGAAUGCUUAUCAGACCCUUGCAAAAAUGGCGGUACCUGUAAGGAUCUUGUAAAUGGAUAUCAAUGUACAUGUGUUGCGGGCUAUGAUGGAACGAACUGCGACAAUGAUAUAAAUGAUUGUUCUUCCGGCCCUUGCAAGAAUGGCGGUAUCUGUAAGGAUCUUGUUAAUGAAUAUGAAUGUACAUGUGUUACUGGAUAUGACGGAAAGAACUGUGAUAACAAUAUCAAUGAAUGCUUAUCAGACCCUUGCAAAAACGGCGGUACCUGUAAGGAUCAUGUAAAUGGAUAUCAAUGUUCAUGUUUUGCGGGCUAUGAUGGAACGAACUGCGACAAUGAUAUAAAUGAUUGUUCUUCCGGCCCUUGCAAAAAUGGCGGUAUCUGUAAGGAUCUUGUUAAUGAAUAUGAAUGUACAUGUGUUACUGGAUAUGACGGAAAGAACUGUGAUAACAAUAUCAAUGAAUGCUUAUCAGACCCUUGCAAAAACGGCGGUACCUGUAGGGAUCGUGUAAAUGGAUAUCAAUGUACAUGUGUUGCGGGCUAUGAUGGAACGAACUGCGACAAUGAUAUAAAUGAUUGUUCUUCCGACCCUUGCAAGAAUGGCGGUAUCUGUAAGGAUCUUGUUAAUGAAUAUGAAUGUACAUGUGUUACUGGAUAUGACGGAAAGAACUGUGAUAACAAUAUCAAUGAAUGCUUAUCAGACCCUUGCAAAAACGGCGGUACCUGUAAGGAUCUUGUAAAUGGAUAUCAAUGUACAUGUGUUGCCGGCUAUGAUGGAAUGAACUGCGACAAUGAUAUAAAUGAUUGUUCUUCCGGCCCUUGCAAGAAUGGCGGUAUCUGUAAGGAUCUUGUUAAUGAAUAUGAAUGUACAUGUGUUACUGGAUAUGACGGAAAGAAUUGUGAUAACAAUAUCAAUGAAUGCUUAUCAGACUCUUGCAAAAACGGUGGUACGUGCAAGGAUCUUGUAAAUGGAUAUCAAUGUACAUGUGUUGCGGGCUAUGAUGGAACGAACUGCGACAAUGAUAUCAAUGAAUGCUUAUCAGACCCUUGCAAAAAUGGUGGUACCUGUAAGGAUCUUGUAAAUGGAUAUCAAUGUACAUGUGUUGUGGGCUAUGAUGGAACGAACUGCGACAAUGAUAUCAAUGACUGCUCGCCAGAUCCAUGCAAAAAUGGAGGUACCUGUACGGAUCUUGUUAAUGAAUAUAAAUGCACAUGUGUUGCUGGAUAUAACGGAACCGACUGUGAAAAAGACAUAAACGAGUGCUCCCCAAAUCCAUGCAAGAAUGGCGGUACCUGUAAAGACCUUGUAAUUGAAUACGAAUGUACAUGUGCUGCUGGAUAUGACGGAAUGAAUUGUGAUAACAACAUCAAUGAAUGUUCUUCGAAUCCGUGUGAAAAUAGUGGAACAUGUAAAGAUCUUGUCGACGGAUAUGAAUGUAAAUGUGAUGCUGGAUAUGACGGCAUUCAUUGUGACAAAGAUAUCGACGAGUGUUCAUCUGAUCCUUGCAAGAAUGGUGCUACCUGUAGGGAUCUUGUUAAUAAGUUCGAAUGUACGUGUGCUGCGGGAUAUGAUGGGACUACUUGCAAUAACAAUAUUAAUGAGUGCUUUUCGGACCCUUGCAAGAAUGGUGGCACAUGUAGGGAUCUUGUAAAUGGAUACGAAUGUACAUGUGCAGCUGGAUAUGAUGGGGCUAUUUGUGAUAAUAAUAUCGAUGAGUGUUCAUCUGACCCUUGCAUGAAUGGUGCUACCUGUAGGGAUCUUGUUAAUAAAUUCGAAUGUACAUGUGCUGCAGGAUAUGAUGGGACUAAUUGUGAAUACAACAUAAAUGAGUGCUCUUCGGACCCUUGCUUGAAUGGAGGUUCUUGCGAAGAUCUUAUCAAUGGAUACGAAUGUAUAUGUGUUACAGGAUAUAACGGAACAAACUGUGAAAAUAAUAUCAAUGAAUGCUUGCCAGUUCCUUGUAAAAAUGGCGGUACCUGUAAGGAUCUUGUAAAUGGAUAUGAGUGUACAUGUGCUGCUGGAUAUGAAGGAACAAAUUGUGACAACGAUAUCAAUGAAUGUUCUUCAAAUCCAUGUGCAAAUGGCGGGACAUGUAAUGACCUUGUCAAUGGAUAUGAAUGUACAUGUAUUGCUGGAUAUAACGACAUCAACUGUGGCAAUGAUAUUGACGAAUGUUCAUCGAGUCCAUGUGAAAACAACGGAAUAUGUAAAGACGGAAUAAAUAUGUUUACCUGCGAGUGUUCACCUGGUUUUAAGGGAGAACAAUGUGAAAUAAAUUUGGAUGAAUGUAAUCCCGACCCCUGCCAAAAUGGUGGAAGCUGUGAAGAUCGAGAUAAUGGAUACACAUGCAUUUGUGCAGAAGGAUAUUUUGGCGUUAAUUGUUCAACAGAUGUCAACGAAUGCCUAAGUAACCCGUGUGAGAAUAAAGGAACGUGUGAGGAUAAAGUAAAUGGGAGGAUAUGCCAUUGUAUUGAUGGAUUUGAGGGUACCAACUGUGAAAUAGAUAUCAACGAAUGUUCAAAAAGCCCAUGCAUGAAUGGUGGUAGUUGUAGAGAUUUUGUAAAUGGAUACGAAUGUACAUGUGUGCAAGGAUAUGAUGGCACUAACUGUGAAAUUGAUAUAGAUGAAUGCUUUCCCGACCCUUGCAAGAAUGGUGGUAGCUGUAAGGAUCUUGUCAAUAAGUAUGAAUGUACAUGUGUUGCUGGAUAUGAAGGACAAAACUGUGAAAACGAUAUCAACGAAUGUUUAUCGAAUCCAUGCAAGAAUGGCGGCAUUUGUACCGAUGAUGUCAAUAAAUUUAGUUGCACAUGUGCUGCUGGAUAUAACGGAACGACAUGCAAUACUAAUAUAGAUGAAUGCACUCCUAACCCUUGUAGGAAUGAUGGCACCUGUAAGGAUCUUAUAAAUGGUUUUGAAUGUUCAUGUGUUGCUGGGUACGACGGAAUUAAUUGUGACAACGAUGUCAAUGAAUGUUCAAGCAAUCCUUGCAAAAAUGGUGGUUCCUGUAUCGACCUUGUAAAUGGAUACGAAUGUACAUGUGUUGAGGGAUAUGACGAAAAGAACUGUGAUAGGGAUAUCAAUGAAUGUUUAUCCAACCCUUGCAAGAAUAGUGGUACAUGUAAAGACCUUGUAAAUGGAUACCAAUGUAUAUGUGCUGCUGGAUAUGAUGGAAAUAAUUGUGAUAAUGAUAUAGAUGAAUGCCUGUCUAACCCUUGUAAGAAUGGUGGUACAUGUAAGGAUCUUAUCAAUGGAUAUGAAUGUACAUGUGUUGCUGGAUAUGACGGAGUUCACUGUGACAACGAUAUCAAUGAAUGUUCAGUCGAUCCUUGCAAGAAUGGUGGUACUUGUAACGACCUUGUAAAUGGAUACGAAUGUACAUGUGCGGCUGGAUAUGACGGAAAUAAUUGUGAUAAUGAUAUCGAUGAAUGCAUGUCUUUCCCUUGUAAGAAUGGUGGAACCUGUAAGGAUAUUAUAAAUGGGUAUGAAUGUACAUGUGCUGCUGGUUAUGACGGAGUUCACUGUGAAAACGAUAUCAAUGACUGUUUAAUCGACCCUUGUAAGAAUGGUGGUACUUGCAAGGACCUUGUCAAUGGAUACGAAUGCACAUGUGUGACUGGAUACGACGGAAAUAAUUGCGAUAAUGAUAUCGAUGAAUGCGAUUCUAAUCCUUGUGAGAACGGCGGUACCUGUACGGAUCUUGUAAAUGGAUAUGAAUGUACAUGUGUUCCUGGAUAUGACGGAAUGAAGUGUAACAAUGAUAUUGAUGAAUGCUCUUCGAACCCUUGCUUGAAUGGUGGUUCAUGUAUUGAUUUAGUUAAUAGAUACCAAUGUAAAUGUGAUGCUGGAUUUGACGGAUUAACCUGUGACCAUGAUAUAGAUGCUUGUUCACCUAAUCCCUGUAAGAAUAGCGGAACGUGUACAGAUCUCAUCAAUGGAUAUGAAUGUACAUGCGUUGCUGGGUAUGACGGAAUUAACUGUGAUAAUGACAUAAAUGAGUGUUCAUCCAACCCUUGCAAGAAUGGUGGUACCUGUAUGGAUCUUGUAAAUGAAUACGAAUGUACAUGUGUUGCUGGAUAUGAUGGAUUUAAUUGUAACAAUGCUACACCAACAACGACCAUGUCACACGAUGCCAAUUUUGCUCGAGCUACGAUUUUUAUAAGAUUUCCAUUUGAGUCAAAAUUCAAUGUUACGGAUCCAAAUUUGAAGUCUGACUUAGCAUUUCAGCUGACCAAGGAAUAUAAAGACAAUAUGGGGAAUUCGUUCAAGGCUCUAGUUAUUUUACGAUUGAGUGUUGGAAGUGUAAUAGUAGAGUUUGAGGUUAUUUAUGAGAUUGAAACAUCAGCUGCAAGCGAUCUGACAAAGACAACUAUCGCUUAUCUCAAUGGAGAAAAGUCAAUAGAAGUGUUAAAUCAAACAGUUUCUGCAAUUACUGUUAAGAUUAAUUCUAUUACGGUUACUAGCGAAACUAGCACGGAUGAAGCAAUACUUUGUAGUGUGUUUGAAAUACUGCAUGGACCUUGUCAGGAAAAUCAAAAAUGUUCUUUAAUGGGAGGAAAUUUUUCCUGUGUGACACAUGAAGAUGAUGGAAUUGGUUUGAAGAUUGUGAUUAUUGUCAUUGUUUGUGUGUUAUUUGUACCAAUAAUCAUUUUCACAAUUACCUGCUUGGCUAUUCGGAGAGUUCGGAACAGGGGCAAGGAGCUACCACAUUUACAAAGACUGAGAAGAGACUCGAUUGGGUUUGGGAAGUCAUGGACAAAUUGGCCAAACCCUAAACUUAAUGGUUCUUAUAGAAGCCGCCUAAGUGGACGAUCUGUCACGUCUGACAGUUAUUUUCCAGACUACUCGAAAAAUUCACAUGGAUACAAGUGUUAAAAUAUUGUAAACUUACUUUUUCCCAAAAACAACGAUUAAAUAACAAAUUAACAAUGUACAUGACUUUAUCCCACUCUCAUGCUUACACAAAAGAAAUAUGAGAAAAAGAUUUUGUUAAUGUCAUAGAUUUACAUGUAUAUAUUUGAUGCAUUUGUGGUGAAGCUAAAUAUUUAUUUAUCAAUGACCAUAUCACUCUGUCGGUGAAAACAAUGUGUUAUGUAUGAUAUAUGACGAUGCAUUGAUAGUUUGUAAACUAACUUCGCUAGUUUUUGAAUUAAUCAGUAUCUUGGAUACAACCUGUUUCUACAUGUAUGUACCAGAACUCUGCAUGACUUAUUCACUGUGUUUGUAAUAUGGAACGUUUGAGUUAUAUUUAUAGUUUAAAUUGAAUUUGGGAAGAGUCUACGUGCAUCUUUCUAUUAAUGGGUUUUUAAAACAGAAUUUUUCUGGAUCCUACAUUGUGUAUAUUGAUAUUUUGGCAUUUCGUUUUAAAAAUCUUUGUUUUAGAUUUGAAAGCUUUUAGGACAUAACGUUUUGAAUGAUUUUAUUUUUCCGUGAUGAUUAUAGCUAAAGACUUUGGUAUAUUUUUAGCAAUAAAUUCAACCGUUCAUAAUAAUCAUCAUACUUAAAUUAUUCCGGAAUCAUUAUAAGUUUAUUUUUAACAAAAUUCAGCUACUGUUUACAUUUGUAAUUAGUAUUUUUGUUAUUUGUUUUAAGAAUUAAUUUUGUUAUUGUUUAAAAGUUUCUGUUGAUCUUUUGUAUAGUACAAGUAAUUAUAUAGUUUCUAAUCAGUCCGCCGAAAUUAAUUUUAUAGUAAACAAUGGUAAGUAAAUUAAUAAGGAUUAUUAUAUAAUUAAGAAAAAUAAUUUAUGAUUUUAUCGACUUUUGUACGCCUCCUCGUUGCACACUACUUAAGUUAUGGUAAGCAAUGGUUCCAUGUACCUCAUUGCACAGGUGAUUGAUAAAUGUCAGAUAAAGAUCCAAUUGUUAAUUAAAUUAAUAAUUAUUUUUCGAGAAGGGUACUUUAGAACGUGUCGCGAAUCGCCCUUAUUUGUAAUGUCUUACCUUUAAAAAUAUGAUCUUAUUUUAUUAAUACGUGAUAUAAUACGAAUCUUGUCAAUUUUUUAAUAUUUAAGUGAUAAUUUAAGGAUACCAAAAGAGUUAUAACUAUUCAUUCAAGUUUGAUUGUGAAAAAUAUCAUGUGGCUUGCUCGAACCAUUCUUGUGUUAUUGCACUAGUUUUACAUGAGGAAACAUUGAAGGGAUUGAAACCACUUUACCUUUGUUUACAAGUGGGCAUUAAGACCGUCAUGCUAACACUCCUUUAUUUGUGUUUGAAAUAUAUUAUAGCUUAUUUAACUUUCAAAAUUGACUAUAUUUGACAAUAUAAUACAUUUCUAGAAGAAUUUCUAUAAUAUGCUGGUAAAGUUACUGUUGAAAUUGAGGCUUAACAUUCUUGAACGUCAUAAUCAAACAUGGGUGAGAUUAUAAACGAUAUCAUAGUGGCUGGAUUUCAUUUGGAAAUUAGUUAAAGCUAUUAAUGUCUAAUUCCUUCUUAGAUGUUUUGUAGUAUAUUUUGUUAACUUGAUUGUACAUACAUAUUAUACAUCGUAUAAUAUUUUUGGUACAAAUAUAUUUGUUUUGAUGGUUAAUUAUAGAGAAUUUAAUUCAAGCACAGAGGAUGUUAAAUCUGUCAGAAACACAUCUGAGGUUCUGAGGAGGAACGGUGUAUGCUGUAUCCAAAUUUGACUUUACAGACAAGUGACAGUACUGACACGUGAAAAUGUUGAAAUAACAAUAAAAGAGGAUUACAUAUAUGUAUAUUUUUUUUAAAGAGAAGUUUAGCUUCUGAAAACAUAAAUAAAGACUAAUUGCUGACUUCCAUUCUUUUCAAGAACAGCGGUUCCAUAUUUCAUUGAGAUAAAGAAAGCAAAUAUAAAUUGAUAAAUUCUA